AGCUAGCUUGUUUCAGAGCACAAUAUAAGCCCGUCAGAUCUGUAGUCCUCACUAAUCAGAUACUCUAGAAUCUAGUAAGACUUACUAUUAACUCUGCAGGAACAGCAAAACAUCUAUAACCAUGAAGUUGCUCCUGGCAGGGAUUGUUCUGAUCCUAAUUGUAGAAGCCAAUGCUCAAUGGCACAGGUUUCCUGCUGAAGCCUUUCACGGAGCUGGUGAUAUGUGGCGAGCAUACAAUAAUAUGAGGGAGGCUAACACUAUAGGCGCGGACAAAUACUUUCAUGCCAAAGGAAAUUAUGAUGCUGCCCAGAGAGGAAAGGGGGGCAUAUGGGCAGCUGGGGUCAUCAGUAAUACUCGAGAGUGGGUGCAGGAAAGAUUAGGUCAUGGUGCCGAGGACUCUGCUGCUGAUCAGAGGGCAAAUGAGCAUGGGCGCAAUGGAGGAGAUCCCAACGUUUUCAGGCCACCAGGACUUGAUGAAAAAUAUUAGUAUGAAAGCCAUUGAAAUCAAUCAAUAAUAAAACAAAUGAAAGAA